GAGUUGUGUGUUUUGCCUUCGCAGUUCCGUAUGCCGCGGACGCCAUUGUUGAGAUGGAAUCAGCACUUGCAACAUUACCCUCCGCUUUUACUCCCUUCUCCUUUUCUAAACCCCUAAACCCCAAAUCCCCUUUGUUCUCUUUCUCUCAGUCGCCACUCCUUAGCCCUGUCGCCGUCCUUUCUUGUUCUUUUCCUCUAAGGACUACCUCCUCCAUUCCCAAACGCCUACACCGCCGUUUGGAGUGCGUCUCUUCUGGUACCGGCGGCGGAUUUGGUGGAAAUGAUGGGAGUAGCGGCGGCGGCGGCGACGGGGAAGGAACGGGUGGAGGUGAUUCGAAGGCGAAAUUGGGAGCUGGACUGGUUGACGAUCUCUCUGCCUUGUCUCCCGAUGUUAUCAUUCUUAAUGUUGGGGGAAUGAUGUGCGGCGGGUGUGCUUCGAGUGUGAAGAAAAUACUAGAAAGUCAACCCCAAGUCUCUUCCGCGACCGUCGAUCUUACAACGGCGACGGCAAUGGUGUGGCCUGUUUUCGAAGCCAAGGCUGUACCCAAUUGGCAAAAGGAAUUGGGGGAGGCAUUAGCUAAACAGUUGACUAGCUCUGGUUUCGAAUCUAAGCUUCGAGUGGCAGGUGAGGAAGGUAUUGAAGGAGAUGUCUGACCACAAUAAAAAGAGAAAAGAAAAGAGAAAAAGCUUUUUGUUGAAAGAGCAGCCAUAAUAAGUCCUUAGAUGUGACGGUAUUGGCUUUGAAGUUAUAGAUUUCAUUAAUUGUAUAAUUCAUCAAGACAUUUACUCAUUUGGUAUUAACUUUACAAAAAUGGGUUUAGAGGGUGGUGUUGUUGUAUAUCACAUGAUCCAUGUCAUGGUACCAUAUAUCAUCUUUCACACGUGUCUAUCGAAUAAAGAAUAAACCAUA